AAGGAUCGUAUUUUCUCUCUCCCAGCAUUUUUAACUAUUUCGGCUUCUCUCUCUAAGAAUUGUUCUCUCAACUUUAGACUCUAUCGCCUGCCUCUCUCGUUGGAGUGACAAUGGUUCCCCCUCCCACUAUGCCAGACUCCAACUCACCAGCCUUGCACAAACCAUUGGCGCACACCGUGGGGCAUGAUGUCAAAAGCUACAAUGACGAGUGAGCCCCAGACGAAUCCCUAAGAUCCUCGAGAUCCUUCUGAGGUCGAGACCACCCCGCUCAAAGCCACCACCAGCCAAAGGCUAUAUGACGCCACAAAUAACCCCAACGCGGGAAGGCAGUUCCACGUCACGCAAAACUUGGACGCCGUGCUCAUCGAGGAAGACGAUGAGUUGUCUUCCAAAGAAAUCCGCCUACAGAUGGAGCAUCAAAACAAGGCAAUCGUCAACAUGCAGAGCCAGAUGAUGGCCCUCAUGACAGCGCAAGCCAACGCGCCCUCCCGAGAACCGCCCGCACUUUUACCCCUAAUGCCCACUCCACUUUCACGGGCACCGCCUCCACGGGAGCCAAUCCGCCCGUGGAACCAGCUCCGCGGCAUGACCUUGACUUUCUGGAGAAACAGCUAUCUCUGGCAUACCACGCUCCUGUAUGGAUUACCCUGCACCAAACCCUGUGCCCAAAAAUCAUGGCGGAACAGAUGCCAGAAAUCCCCCCACACUCCCCACUUAUAGUGGAACUACCGACCCGGAGGACCAAGUAAGUGCGUUCUGCCUGCGCAUGCAGCUCUAGACAUGCUCCAACACAACCCUUUGCAGAACCUUCCCAUCAACAUUUGCGGGAAUAUGCUUCGACUUCUACAAUCGCCUGCCAAACGAAAUCAUCUGAACCUACGAGGAUUUCAUCCUACUAUUCACUACCAAAUUCGCCUCGCAAAAGCGAAGGCCCCUGCUCACUGUGACUCUAGUGGACAUGAAGCAAAGGGAAGGAGAGAGUCUAAGGGCGUUCUACUCCCGAUGGUCCAGGGUGGCCAUUGCGGUCAGCAAUCUCAUGCCCCAAAACGCUGCGAGACACCUCAUGGAAGAGACUACCACAUUAACUGGUUGAGACCCUAGUGGCAACCAGAGAAUAGGCGCGACCAAAAGAAGUUUUAUGAGUUCCACCGCGAAACAUGACAUCUGAUAGAGCAUUGCUACGUGCUCCGUUGGGAAAUAAAAGCCCUCAUCCAGCGGGGGCACUUAUCCGAAAGCCUCAUCAACCCCCGCCUGCAGGAUACGACAAAACAACCGGGGAAUUGAUGGUGCGGAAAGAGAUUAGCGUGGUUUCCGUGGAGGGAGUCCGCCCAGAAAAGAAAACAAAGAGACAGAGAGCGGUAGAUCUCGUGACGACGGAGAAAAAUCAAAUCAUGCUCAUCACUUUUAGCCUCGACGAAAUCCCGAAUGGAGUUCCGUCAGAGGAACCUCUACUCAUUACCGCCCUUGUGGCGGCGUGCAAAGUCCACUGCCUACUCAUAGACGGAGGAAGCGCGGUAGACAUACUUUUCAAGAGCACCCUCGACCAAAUGGAGAUAGAUCCACGGAUGAUCCGCCACAUUCUGGAUAAUUUAAUCUUGUGCUUCCAAAACUAAAUUCGAUAAGUCAGGGAAAUGAGAAAUAAAAAAAACUCGAGGUAAUAGAAGAACCCUAAAUUAAGAAAGUGGAGGCAUAGUACUGGUCUAUAAUAUGUAGGGAUGAACAAUAAGUCCGAAAGUCCAAAAGAUAAAGAAGGAAUGAAAAACACAAUACUCCACUAUUACUGAUUAACCGCUGGGAAUAAUUUAAGCAACACCAUAUCACAAUACUGUAGAACAGGUUUCCAUGUUCCAACUUUGAUCAGCAAUACAUAACGCCGACCUUCUAGAGAGUGGAGAAUAGUGUUGAAAUCCGAAUGCAAAAGAUCAUUGGAUGGGAGGACAACUGAAGCAAUUCGUCGAAGAUGUCAUGAGGUAAAUAUGACAGCAACAUCACCACUAACAUCUACAAUGGUUAGAUGAAUGACAGUUGAGUGUGUAACAGGACACUGUGAAGUCACCAUCUCGGUCACAUCUCCAACACAAAGAUAGACUUGUUCCUAAGGUGGGUUAAUGUAGAAUAUUGUAAGUGAAAAACUUAAGUAAAUUAUGAUAUUGAUA